AUGGCACCUCAAAAGGACACCAUGUUUCGCUCGGCGGACAUGUCCUUGACCCAGCUCUACAUUGCGAACGAGAUUGGCCGCGAGGUCGUCUCUGCGCUUGGAGAGCUCGGCGUCAUGGACUUCAGAGAUCUCAACGCCGAGACGACGGCCUUUCAGCGCACCUUCACCCAGGAGAUCCGCCGCCUCGACAACGUGGAGCGUCAGCUGCGCUACUUCCACGCCCAGAUGGACAAGGCGAGCAUCUCGGUGCGCUCCAUCUACGACUUCAACAACCCCUUCACCUCGCCCUCGGCCUCGGAGAUCGACGAGCUGGCCGACAAGAGCCAGAGCCUGGAACAGCGCAUUGCCUCGCUCAACGAGAGCUACGAGACGCUGAAGAAACGCGAGGUGGAGCUAACAGAGUGGCGCUGGGUGCUCAGAGAGGCCGGCGGUUUCUUCGACCGUGCCCGCGGCCAGACCGAGGAGAUCAGGCAAUCUUUGGACGAUGACGACGAUGCGCCUCUCCUCCGCGACGUCGAGCAGAACGCCUCCGGCGACGCCUCUGCCGAGCGCUCGCUCACCGUCAUGAACAUCGGCUUCGUCGCUGGUGUCAUUCCCCGCGAGCGUAUUGCGGCCUUCGAGAGGAUCCUGUGGCGUACCCUCCGCGGCAACCUGUACAUGAACCAGACCGAGAUCCCCGAGCCCAUCAUCAACCCCGAGAACAACGAGGAGACGAGCAAGAACGUCUUCAUCAUCUUCGCCCACGGCAAGGAGAUUAUUGCCAAGAUCCGCAAGAUCUCUGAGUCGCUCGGUGCCGACCUGUACAGCGUCGACGAGAACAGCGAGUUGCGCCGUGACCAGAUCCGGGAGGUCAACACUCGUCUGAGCGACCUUGCCAGUGUUCUACGUAACACUAAGUCGACCCUGGACGCCGAGCUGACUGCUAUCAGCCGCAACCUGGCUGCUUGGAUGGUCGUCAUCAAGAAGGAGAAGGCUACCUACGAGACGCUAAACAGGUUUUCGUACGACCACCAGCGCAAGACGCUUAUUGCUGAGGCUUGGGCGCCCACCAGUGCUCUUGGACUCAUCAAGUCCACCCUCUCCGACGUCAACGAGCGCGCCGGCUUGUCUGUGCCAACCAUCGUCAACCAGGUCAAGACAACCAAGACCCCGCCGACCUACUUCAAGGUGAACCGGUUCACCAACGGUUUCCAGACCAUCAUCGACGCCUACGGAACCAUCAAGUACCGCGAAGUCAACCCUGCGCUGCCCGCCAUUGUCACCUUCCCCUUCAUGUUCGCCGUCAUGUUCGGUGAUGCUGGUCACGGCGUCAUCCUUCUGCUCGCUGCCCUGGCGAUGAUCUACUACGAGCGCAGACUUGAGCGCAGCAAGCUUGACGAACUGUUCUCCAUGAUGUUCUACGGUCGUUACAUCGUCUUCAUGAUGGGUCUCUUCUCCAUCUACACCGGUCUGAUCUACUGCGACGCCUUCUCUCUUGGGCUACCCUGGUUCAAGUCUAUGUGGGUAUGGGACAACGACGGCAAGGGUCCUACCGCCAGCCGUGUUGAAGGUCACACCUACCCCUUCGGUCUGGAUUACCGCUGGCACGACACGGAGAACGAUCUGCUCUUCUCCAACAGUUACAAGAUGAAACUCAGUAUCUUGCUCGGUUGGUGCCACAUGACCUUCUCACUCAUGUGGUCGCUCGUCAACGCACGCUACUUCAAGACACCCAUCGACAUCUGGGGAAACUUCGUUCCAGGUAUGAUCUUCUUCCAGUCCAUCUUCGGCUACCUGUCGUUCUCCAUUGUCUACAAGUGGUGCGUCGACUGGGCUGCCAAGGGUCAGGACCCCCCAUCUCUGCUGAACAUGUUGAUCUACAUGUUCUUGCAGCCCGGUACCCUAGAGGACCCCGAUAAGCCGUUGUACCCUGGUCAGGCAACCGUGCAGGUUAUCCUGCUGCUUAUGGCUCUCGUCUGUGUUCCUAUCCUCCUGUUCUUGAAGCCUUUCUAUCUCCGCUGGGAGCACAACAGGGCUCAGGCUCUCGGAUACCGCAGCAUCGGCGAGACUGCCCGUGUCAGUGCUCUGGAUGACGAUGACGACACUCCCGCCAACGGCACCGCCAACGGCGGACGUGAGAGCUUUGGAGACGACGACGAUGGCAUUGCAAUGAUCACGCAGGACAUCGGCCACGGUGAGGAGCACGAGGAGUUUGACUUUGGUGAGAUCAUGAUCCACCAGGUCAUCCACACUAUCGAAUUCUGUCUCAACUGCGUCUCCCACACGGCCUCGUACCUCCGUCUCUGGGCCCUGUCUCUCGCGCAUCAGCGUCUCUCGAUCGUGCUGUGGGAGAUGACGAUGAAGAACGCCUUCACAUACACGGGCAUUCUUGGCUCGGUCCUGAUGGUCUUCAUCUUUGGAUUCUGGUUCGCGCUCACGGUCAUGGUUCUGUGUGUGAUGGAGGGCACAAGUGCCAUGCUGCACUCGCUGCGUCUGCACUGGGUCGAGGCCAUGAGCAAGCAUUUCAUUGGUGAUGGUGUGCCGUUUGAGCCAUUUAGCUUCAAGGCGCUGCUUGAGGAGGAUCCCGUUGAGUAG